GACGUUUCUUUUUUUGCUUUUUUUGAGUAUAGUUUAGAGCCACCUGCAGGAUUAUAGAGGAAUAGCAACUUUUUACCACUUUUUGCAAACAUAUAACUUAUUAGAAAAAAAAAAAAUUGGAUUCAUACAUGAAUCACUACACAAAAAAAACUGAAUUGAUUUAUUUCCCCCAUCACUAAUAGAUACAGUAGAUAGAUGUGUGUUUUUGUUGCAUUAGUGGAAACUGGACAUUAAACUCUUGUUAAAUUAAUUGUAUAAAGUUUAUUUGAUGUGGAAUCAGUGUUGUUACUGUCUUUCUGGUAUUUAGGCCGACUUCAAGCUGAUGUGCGACAACGUCAUGGUGUAUAACAGACCUGAGACAGUCCAUUAUAAAGCUGCUAAGAAGCUUCUUCACACUGGCUUCAUGAUGAUGAGCAAAGAGAAGAAGAAGAAAAAGCAUGAAAAGAAGAAGCUAGAAACUGCAGCCAGCGCUCCGGUUGAGCCCUUCACCCUGACAAAGCCUGUCGAGGUGGUGGUGGAGGAGAGGAAGAGGGAAAAGUUUGAGCCCGAGGCUAAAGAGUUUUACCCCAGCGUGAAGGUAGAGCCGGAGAUGCAGGUGGACCGUCCUAUCAGAGCCUGCCGCACUCAGCAAGAGAACAAAAGCAUGCCUCGCCAGCAGAUCCUCGAGCACUUCCUGUGUCUUCUGCAGAGGAAAGAUCCUCGUGGGUAUUUUGCCUUCCCCGUGACGGACUCCAUCGCACCAGGAUACUCCAUGAUCAUCAAACACCCCAUGGACUUCAGCACCAUGAAGGACAAAAUUGCUAUGAACGAUUACAAAACGGUCACAGAGUUUAAGGCCGACUUCAAGCUGAUGUGCGACAACGUCAUGGUGUAUAACAGACCUGAGACAGUCCAUUAUAAAGCUGCUAAGAAGCUUCUUCACACUGGGUUCAAGAUGAUGAGCAAAGAGCGCCUGUUAGCUCUGAAGCACAGCAUGUCUUUCAUGCAUCACAUGGAUUUCUGAGGGGCUGGGGGGCGUCUCGAGAUAUUACUACUCCUGUGCGAAUAGGACCUUAAACCCAGUCAUGCUGGAGUUAGGAUCAUGUGACAGAGACCCGUUACAUAAUUAUUUACAUCUUAGGUUUUUUCCCAAACCAACACUACAACUGGUUUGUUCAGAUCUACAACCAGUGUUAUUAGUUCAGUUACAGAUGGAUUUUAUCAUCGGUUUGGUUAAAUCUAAUCUCCAUACAUAUGGACUCUUCACGAGGGUCAGGAGAUAAAGGCAGCAGUACACUGAAAGGCAGCAGUUAAACUGAAUCUGUAAACCCAAGAUUGACAGAUAAUCGGUUGAGAACUCACUCUGCGAUCUCCUG